AUGAACAAAUUAUUUAUUUGUAUAAUUUUAAUAAUAAAUUUAAAUUUAAUUAAAUCAAAUGAAUUAAAAUUUAAAAUUUCUGAAAAUCAAUACACAAUUUCAAUGGAAAGAUUAAAUAAUGGUAAUGAUAAUUCACCAUUAUUAGAUUCAUUUAAAUUACAAGCAAAUAAUCCAUCAGAUGAAUCACCAUGGCUAUAUAAUUAUAAUGUUGCCUAUUGUCCAUUCGUACCACCAGAAAUUGUAAAACAAUAUAAUAAUCCAACAAAUAGAAAUUUAAUUAUUGGAGCAGCAGUUAGAGUUCAAAAUUUAACAAAUAAUCCAACAAAUAUUUAUUCAGUUGGUCCAAGUUCAAUUGUAUUUACAUUUGGAGUAUGCGAAAAUCAAGAUAUAAAUAAUUGUAAAUUUAAUGCAACCAAUUUAUCAGAUCCAGAUUACCUAAUUACAGGUCCACAAUCAUCAGAUUUCCAAUAUAUUGGUGCAGAAGAUCCAAGAAUUGUAAUGGUAAAUCAAACAAUUUACAUGUAUUACACUGCAGUCAAUAUGAAUGGUACAAAUACUCGUGCUCAAUUAGCAUUGGCAACAUGUGAUACUAGUUUAGUUUUAACAAUUCAAGAUUUUAAACAAUGUUGGCAAUUACAUGGUCCAAUAAUUGAAGAAUCUAUAUUUUGGUCAAAAUCAGCUGGUUUACUCUAUAGAGAAAAUCAAGAAACUCAAUAUUUAUUCUAUGGUGAUACUGAUAUCUUUAUUGCAACUACUAAAGAUUUAAUAAAUUAUUCAACUCUCUUCAAUAGCCAAUCAUCGUCAUCAUCAUCAUCAUCGAGUUUACAAAGGGAAACUUUAAUAACAACUAGAGAUUCAAGUAAUUAUUUUGAUUCAGUUUUAGUUGAAUCUGGUCCUGAACCAUUACAAUUAUCAGAUGGAAAUUGGUUAUAUCUUUAUAAUAGUGCUCAACAAGUUACAAUACCAAAUCAAAAACCAAAUUGGGAUAUUCAAUAUAAUUUAGGUUUUGUAAUUUUAAAUGGUACAAAUCAAGAAUUCAAUUCAAAUUCAAUUCUAUAUCGAAGUCCAACUCCAUUAUUUUCACCAACUUUAGAUUGGGAAUUAUGUGAUGAUUCUUCACCAUUUUGGUCAACUCAUGGUUUAACACCAUUAGUUGUCUUUAUUGAAGGUUGGAUGCCAUUAGGUAAUGAUCAAUUUUUAGUAUUAUAUCAAGGUUGUGAUUCUGUAAUUGGUACAAGCUUAAUCACUGUAAAAAUGAAUUAA